GGUUCGAAGCAAUCCAACGCUCCAGAUCGAGUUGGCGGUGUUUAUAAGCUGGGCACCGAGGCUUGUUCGGGCUAAGACGAAUAUUCGCAUAUCUAGUAUUAGGUAGAACCCUAGCUAUCGUACAGAAGCGGGGUCUCUGCCCUUGCGAUCCCCUUUGUAUCCUCAUGAACCGAACCAAUUUCCCAAUUUCAGAGAGUAAAUCGAGUGGUAUUUCGAACAUCAAUUGAUCUGGGUCUUACAGGAGGAUUGGCGCGAGGAGGGAGAAGGAUGGGGAUGUCCGGAGCCUCGCCGGGGAUAGAAAAGGAGGAGGAGGAUGGAACUCACCUGCGCCGCCGUUGGAGCUCCUGAAUCGCGCCGCCGCCUGCGCUUCUUUCUUUUCCUCGAGCGGGGGCGAAGGGGUAUGUUUGGCGGGGAGGGGCUCUGGCUAGCGAAUGUCAAGGCACUAUCGAGGAGCAUGGAGGCUUCGAAUAUUCAGGCUGGUUUCCAAUCGCGAAUACCACAUCCAUCUGAAGAGGAGCGAUAUUCGGGUCAGACCAAUGCCAAUAUCCAAUAUUGAGGCCUAAUAUCAACUUCCAAACGAGGUAUAUAAAGGAAAACCCCUGUUAGUUGUUCCUCUCGUGAAAAUCCCCAAAUUACUUUGAGGCACCAAAUCACCAACAUCCUCACACCAUGUCGCGGCACGGCGUCUUGCCCGACCAAGAGGACAGGAUCGAUCUCUCGCCCGCCACACUUCUCCCCAAGGUGAGAGCUUACGAGAUGGCAGGAGGUGAGCACGCCAAAGGAUUAGCUGAGCUCAAGAUUGUGGAAGGGGCAAUCGGGAAUCUGAGCAGGGAGGCAUUGCCAGGGCCGGUGUAUGGGUUCCAGGAGGUAGGUCUGGCGGAAGCACUUCUGCACAACUUGGCGAGGUGUCAGUUCGAGACCCCGACUCCGUUGCAGUGCUACUCGAUCCCGAUGGUGCUGGCCGGCCGGGACCUGUUGGUUUGCACGCACAAGGGGUCCGGGAAGACGACCGCCUUACUCAUCCCGGUGUUGAGUGGGCUGGUGACGGCGCCGGUAGCAGCAGCAAGAACAAAACCACGCGCGCUCUUGCUCGUGCCUACCGCCAGGCUUGCAAAACAGAUUGGUGCUGAUAUCAGGAAAUUCUCUUACCGAACUGGAAUAAGAGUUCAUUCAAAGAUGAAAGGGAAGAUGCAGAAAUGUCAGCUUGAAGCGAGCAUUGAUAUAGUUGUUUCUACACCCCUACGUCUUAUCAACAUGGUUAGAACCUCUCAAGUCUCCCUUGAGGCAGUAAAGUAUCUGGUCAUAUGCGAGCUUGGUUUGAUGCUGGAUAUGGGGUUUGAAAAAAUGUUAAGGAAGAUAGUUGAUGACAUGCAUAUUCCACCGAAAUCUGCCAGACAUACUUUACUUUCCAGUGGUACUUUCCAACCAGCAGUACAGAAACUGGCUUGGGAUUUCUUGUCAGAUUACUUAUUUAUCACCGAUGGGAGGUUGGAGUUCAGUAUUGGCCUAACUAAGCAGAAAAUUGAGCUUGCCUCUGAAGCAGAGAAAAGAGGCCUCCUGCUAAAUCUGUUACAGAAGCAAUCCGUCUCUUCUGCCGGCAUGAGCCAACUCAUAACAGUAGUUUUUGUCGAGACAAAAGGAAAGGCUGAUUCAUUGAAGAAUUGGCUAUGCAAUGAAGGUUUUCCUGCAACAGUGAUCUUUGCUGACAGUUCACAGCAGUCUGUUGAGGAAUAUGUUGAGAGGAUUAGAACAUUUGGGAGAGUUGGUUCUGCCACUUCCUUCUUCACUGAGUCCAACCGGUCCAUAGCAAAAGGCUUGCUGGAAUUGAUGAUUGAGGCAAAUGUAGAAGUGCCAGAUUGGCUGUUGGACUAUGCUAAUCCUGAUUAUACUUGUAGAUCUGUGGAAUUGGACUCAAAAGAUGAGGAGAAUGAUAAGUACAGAUAUGAUUUAGCUCGGUCUCUCGCCUCACGCAAGAUUGAUAACAUAUACGAUCUGGCAGGUGUUUGGGCUGAAUUAAAUUGCAGGAGAAAUAAGCAAAGCUUUGAUGAUAGUAGGAUCACGACAAUGUCUAAAGAUUGUUGUAUUGCAUUUACACAACAAGAAGAAUACAAGUUCCUCAAGUUCUAUUUCGUCAAGGUUACUCAGCAUUGUUAUAGCCCUGAAAGUUAUGGAAAAACCUAUUGGCAUUACAAUUUCAUUGCCAAGAUUAAGAGUAAAUCAGGAAUCUGGACUGAAGGUAUCUACUUUGCUGAAAGAAAAUUAGAAUGUGGUGUGGAGACAUUUUGUUGCUGUUUCCUGGAGCCGUCAGACAAUGGUGAGUGCUAUGGAUGUCAACAUGGGAAGGUGAAGGUUCGGCAUCCAACUAGAGGUGACUAUGAGAGAGGAACACCUGAUCAUGUUUGGCUUUCCGAUGGUGACUGUGAAAUUAGUGAUGAUGAUAUGGUGGACUUCUAAACUUGUGUAACAUUGCAUUUUCAAUUUGUGUACUGAAACACCAUACUUGUUGCGUGAGUAGGCAUUAACCUUUUACCACUUGUACUAAGGUUAAUUCCUCUCAAUGAGAGUACAAUGACAUGUUUCCAUUUUCA